GGAAGAUGCCCCGCACCAGAGAGCAGCUCCGUCUCACACAGCCUCAUCUCCCGGCAGCCCUGCGGAGCCACAGCCAGCAUGGCAAACUCGGACAGAGUUGUGUUAGCCCUGGGAGGAGCGGGCACGGUGGGCUCCGGGGUGGUCAAGGCGCUGCUGGACAAAGGUUUCAAGGUAGCAGUGAUCUCCAGGGACAACAGCCGCCUGGAGAGACUCCGAUCAUUUGUGUCUGCCAACACAAAGGACAACCUCACCACCAUAGUUGGGAAUGUUGGUUCAGAGGAAGGAGCGGAGGAGGCUAAGCGGGCCUUGCUGAAGGCGGUGGGGAAGGUGACGGAUAUCGUCUCCUCUCUGGGCUUCAGCUGGUGGCAGGGAGGACCUCCACACACCCAGUCUCUCAAAGAGCUGCACUGGGUAAUUGAGACGUUACUAUUCAGCACAUUUGUGUCAUGGAAGGCCUUCUUCCCCCUGGUGAGGGACAACGCCGACUGCACCUAUACCUUCAUCACAGGAGGAGCAGGGGAGAAGCUGCUGAUGCCUGGGACAGGCUUCCUGACAGUGGGAGCUGCCAGCACCCUGGCCUUCUGCCAGGUGCUGCGAGAGGAGUACCCCGAGGUGGCCUGCAAGCUCAACCAGGUGAAGAUCGAUACAGGCGUGGCCCCUCCGGAGCGCUUGGCCCCCGGGUAUCUGAACCACCUGGAGCUGGGCGAAGCCGUCGCCACGUUGGUGGAGAGACGAAACACCUCCCACACCGUCUUCACCGUCAACUGCCCCACGGACUUAAAGACUGUCAUUCUGGACAGGAACCUUUAGACCUGGAGAGGCUUCCUCCGGCUCUACUUGUUGCCACGUGGAUGCUUGUGUCCUUCUACUGCUCUUCCUCCGGCUGAACUCCCCGCAAACAGAAGCACAGUGUGUUUGGUUCAGGCGUUUUCCUCAACCCCCGUCUAUGCACACCUUUACCUUACCACCCUGAUGCUUCAAGUAAUAUAUUCUCCCUGUCUGUUCCCGGAUUGUUAGCAACUGUUUUUCUGUGCAUGUGCUGUUGUGUUACGCCUGUAAGAAAGAUAAUCCCAGAAUUUGCAGUAGUCACCUUUUCAUUGUUGCCAGCUUCUCUACAGUGCUUCUUAUUAUCACAUAGCUCUCCAUAUCUCAAUAGAAGACACAAAUACCCCUGAUAUUGCAUUGGACGUAGGUCAAGAGUGGAUCUCUUGGGGCCAAACUGUCGGACAGGGGAGCUGAGGAUGGAUGGCACAGGGGAGGAGGAUUUUGUGAUUAGGUGUAGCCAAGGUAGCUUUAAUCCCCCUCCUCUCCUGCCUGUAUAGACAACACUGAAAAUAGACAGAGGAAUGAGAGGGAGAGAGAAUGAGAGAGACAGAGAGAGAGAGAGAUAAAUGUGUAUAGCCACUGGUUUCAGGUUCAUUUUAAAAGUUGGGCAAAGCUCUGGGUUCGGAGGGUUUGGUUUUAGUUGUUCUGACUGUAUGUCUGUUGUGUGCCUACAGUCCUGAGGAUACAGUUGAUCUCUUCACAUAAAGGCUGUUAGGACAGCUUUACUGGAGAGUGUACCGAAAACGAUACCUCUGCUUUUGGGGACUUUAAAUGUCGGAGAACUUGAGCUGGGGGUAAAAGCAACACUUUUGAUUUAAUAUCACCACCUGUAUCCAAAAAAAA